CGAACGAGGAGUAUGUGCGUAUUGUCGUAUGUUACUCGACAAUUACGCGAACGCACGUGACAUGCAAUGACAAUUUUGUGUUUGUUUACGUAGUUUUGAAUGAAAACUGUGUAUGAAAUACGUGUAAAAGAUUGUUCUGUUUUAAGUGUGACUUAUUUUAUAGUUUGUUACCACUUCAAGUUUUAUAUUUGGAUUUGAGCGUCAACCAUAUAUGAAGAUGUCAAAUACUUUUACGUCUGGUGAUACAGGAGAGCAAGCUGACGUAAAAGAAAGAAUAUUAGAACGAGACGCUGGCUUCGUGUCGGGCGGCGACGAUGACGACACGUGCUCGGGCCCCGCGCACUCCGACGACUCCGGCGUGCGACUCGCUGACACCGAAUCGAGACUCAAAAGAGAACGCUCCCCAGCGCUCCUCCAGCCACCGAAGAAACGAAUACGAUUAAGCUCGCGAGACGACCUCGCUAGCCCAGAAAGCGAUUCAAACCCAUUCAGACCCUGGUCUUUCGCCGAAGAACCGCAAAGAGAACCAUUAUCCUUAGUGAAAAAGACCAGCGAAACUAGCUUACUAAGACAAAGAAGAAGGCCGCUAGAACCCCCUCCAUCGCCUGUACCACCACCCGAAAGACCAGGACCACCUCGAGUACCCUCACAUCCUGGUGUAGUGGAGUACAAUGAUAAAGUAAAACCUAGAGAGCAAAGAAACUAUAAGAACAUGACGAGAGAAAGGAGGAUAGAGGCCAAUGCAAGGGAGAGGACGCGAGUGCACACUAUAAGCGCUGCCUUCGACACACUCAGAAGAGCGGUUCCCGCUUACAGUCACAAUCAAAAACUCUCCAAAUUAUCCGUCCUUCGGAUAGCUUGCGCGUACAUUGCCGCGUUGUCAGCGGCGAUAGAACCGGAUGCUGAUCUGUCAGCAGCAGUGGAAACUGUAACACAGACGAUACACACAGAGGGUAAGCUUCGGAAAAAGAAAGACGAUCCUUGAAUGGAACAAGGAGCGAUAGUUUGAUACAAUGCCGUCCUUGAAGCCUUCACUUGAAAGGGAUAAGCAGGUUUUGUAAGCGAAUCCGGAGUCCAAAGGAUAUAAGAGAAAAGGCUAAGAGAAGUCAGGACUUCAAAAUUUGUCAUAAUUACAUUUUCUAAUGACUUUUACGAUAUAAACACGCCUUAAAUGAUAAUAGAAAUGAAUUAUGAACUCUUGACUUAAGAUUGAUAAAAUUAGUUACGUCCUUUCGACUGGUAGUACAAAAACGACAAUAAUAUUGGAUGUUAAAAGUUUACUAUUUAUUGGUAUUGUAUAGUCGUUUUGGAAAUUUUUAAGGAUGUAUUUAU